AUGGCCGCAGGCGGCUCGGGCAGCGGCGGCGGCGGCAGCGCGGAGGAGAAGACCUACCGCCGCUUCCUCGAGCUGUUCCUGGGCGAGUUCCGCGGGCCCUUCGGGGCAGAGCCGGAACCGGAGCCCGAGCCGGAGCCCGAGCCGGAGCCGGCGGCCCCCCCUCCCGCUGCCGAAGCCGCGGGCGACGCUGAGGACGAGCCCGGGGCAGAGGGAGAAACGGGAGCGGCCGCCGAGGCGGAGGAGGGAGAAGGUGGCGAGGGCGACGCCGGCGACCCCCAGCCGCCCGCCCCGCCGCCGCCGCCCCCGCCGCUGCCCUCGCUGCCCCGGCCGCUCUCGGAGUACAUCACGGAGGAGGAGGUGGAAGGCGAGUGCCUGGACCUCUGCCUGCAACAGCUCUACAAGUAUAAUUGCCCUUCUUUCCUGGCCUCUGCUUUAGCCAGAGCAACUUCAGAUGAAGUCCUGCAGAGCGACCUCUCGGCGCAUUUCCUGCCCAAGCGCGUGGACAACGCCGAUGGCAUCAUCCAGAUCGAGACGGUGAAGUUGGCCCGUUUAGUUUACAGCAAACUGCACGAGAUCUGCAGCAACUGGGUGAAAGAUUUCCCCCUGCAGCCCAAGCCCCACCGCUACUACGAGACCUCCAUCCACGCCAUCAAGAACAUGCGCAGGAAGAUGGAGGACAAGCACGUCUGCAUCCCUGACUUCAACAUGCUCUUCAACCUCGAGGACCAAGAAGAACAAGCUUAUUUUGCAGUGUUUGAUGGUCAUGGAGGAGUGGAUGCUGCCAUCUAUGCCUCCAUCCACCUGCACGUGAACAUGGUCCACCAGGAGAUGUUCCAGCACGACCCAGCCGAGGCUCUGUGCCGAGCCUUCCGCGUGACCGACGAGCGCUUUGUGCAGAAGGCAGCCAGGGAGAGCCUGCGCUGUGGAACCACCGGGGUGGUGACUUUCAUCCGAGGGAAUAUGCUGCAUGUGGCUUGGCUGGGGGACUCCCAGGUCAUGCUUGUGAGGAAAGGCCAAGCUGUGGAGCUGAUGAAACCCCACAAACCAGAUCGAGAGGAUGAGAAGAAGCGAAUCGAGGCCCUGGGUGGCUGCGUGGUCUGGUUUGGAGCCUGGAGGGUGAAUGGGAGCCUCUCUGUCUCCAGAGCUAUUGGAGAUGCUGAGCACAAGCCAUACAUCUGUGGGGACGCAGACUCUGCCUCCACGGUGCUGGAUGGCUCUGAAGACUACCUCAUUCUGGCCUGCGAUGGCUUCUACGACACAGUCAACCCCGAUGAGGCAGUCAAAGUGGUGGCUGACCAUCUGAAGGAGAAUAACGGUGACAGCAGCAUGGUAGCACAUAAAUUGGUGGCAUCUGCUCGGGAUGCCGGCUCCAGCGACAACAUCACUGUCAUCGUGGUGUUUCUCAGGGACAUGAAUGCGGCCGUCGCGGUCAGCGAGGAAUCGGACUGGACAGAGAACUCUUUCCAAGGUGGUCAAGAAGACAACGGGGAAGACAAGGAGAACCAUGGAGACUGCAAACGGCCGUGGCCCCAGCACCAGUGCUCAGCACCUGCAGAUUUAGGCUAUGAAGGACGAGUGGACUCCUUCACUGACAGAACUAGCUUAAGCAUAGGGUCCAGCGUUAACCCCAUGGAUGAUCAAGGCUAUUUAGACCUGACAAAAACAGAAACUAGUACACCUCAGAGUGCCAAAUGUCUGCCACCAGUCCAAGCGUUUAGUCCUGGCAUACCAAAGAGUGCGGGUUCGAUCAGCAGCUCCCCGGUGAAGAGCGAGUCCCCGGAGCUCAGCGUGUCCUCGGGCUGCGGCCGGAGCGAUCGCAGGGAGGACAGGCAGGAUGCCGCCCCUCUGAGUUCGGGUGCUGCAGAGCAGGGCAUCUACAGGGUCAGGGGUUUAUCCCCCGUCUUCUCGGGGCUGGAAGAUGAACUGUUCAAAUCCUUGGGAAAACGAGCUGCGUUCCCUCAUUUCCGGCUCUGCAAUGGGAAGAGGCGGCGAGGAGCCAGGCUCAAACCAAAGUUUCACACGCUGCUCUGGGCUCACGAGCCUUCCCAGGGAGAAGGAUCCGGCCUGGCCUUCCCUGCCCGGGGCCGCAGGAGCAGGAGGGCGUUGGCCCGAUCCUCCCCGUGGCAGAGGCUGCCCAGCCACGGCUCUUACAGCGAGUGUUUGAUGCGAAGACAAAGUCAUUGUAUACCAGACCCACACCUUCAUCAAUGCUGUAAAAUGUAACCACUCCCUCGUGUUCCCCCUGUCAGACUCCCAAAGUAGACAUUCCCAAAAUAAAACUGGCAUCAUCAGAAAGCGAAUAAGAGGUGGGCAUUUCCGAACUGUACUCCAGUCCCCUGCCAAGCUCAACCCCUGUGUAAAUAGAUCUAGGAAUUAACCAAUGUAGUUGUUUCAAUCUCUAACAAAGUUUGGUGGUGGUGCCACCCCCAGCAAUGCCGCAGCCGCCCGACCACCCGCACACACGAGUGUCCAGCCACAUCCAGCAGGGAGAGCCCAGCAGCCGCUGCACGUGGACAGACAACGCCAGGGCACGGUCCCUAAACACGCAGAAGGUUGCACCUGCCUGAGAAAUGUCUGUGGAGCAAUACUCAAGGAACGAUCUGGGUUAGAACUGCCAAAUAUUUUCAGAGCGGGGGGAAGUUUCCAUAGAGUCGAGGUGUGGGGGUUUUUUUUGGGUUUUUGUUUUUCUUUUCGUGUUCUGCUUUCUGUUUAUUCCAGGUGAGCGUUAAGAUGAAUUAGAAAACUACAUCCACUUUUGCAGGUAGACGACUAAAAGCCAUACAGGGUUUACCAGGUACCUUAGGAAUGGACUCACUAAGCUCCUGCUGCUCUGGUCUCAGACUCCCAUCGAGGUACAGACUCAUAAUUUACUUUUUUUUUCAUGUAAUAUAAAAUGCAGAGUAUGAAAAGAACUUUUCUUGCAGUUUAAAAAAAAAAAAAUUUCCUAUGGCUGGAGGUGCAGUGUAGGGAAUUUCGUAUCUUUCUGGUGCUUUUAGUGGCAUUUUUCUCAUUUCUCAGUUUAGGAAAUUGUUCUCAAUGAGUUGAACAUGAUUGUGCUUAAUGCUUUGAGCCAACCUCUUCCCACCUUAACUUCAUCUCAGGUCUUAAAAGAACCCAACCCGUGGAGGUGUCCAGUCCCACCCUGUGUCCCCGCACAGAUCAGGAGCUGUUGGAUGAGCUGUGUGGUUCUGGUGAGGAUUCCCAGGUGGCAAAGGCAGCAUUUCACAUCCAGUGGCAGCAGGAAGGAUGCAGCAGCACGGCUGCCACGGGGUGUGCUCAGGGUGUGUAGGGAUGGAUGCCGGAGCAAUCCAAAGGGGAUGGAAAUGCCGAGGAGGCAGCAGAGCAGGGGCUGCGCUGCGGCUUCAGCAGAGAGGGCGGAAUUCAGUGCCUGGGCAGGGCUCUGCUCCGGCUCCCCCGGCUCCAGGAGGGCCAGGGAGGAACUCAGCUGCCCUUCUUUGCAUAAGCAGCGGCCACCAGCCCCUCCCAGCUCCCGAGGUGAGGUCACACCCUUAGGGGAGCCGCUAAUUGGGACAUAAAUAAGCGGCCGAUUCCCAUCAGCUCCACUAAGUCCAGAUCCCGUUCCUACCUUGUUACAGCGAUGCAUUGGGAGGAGUAUGAAUAAAGUAAGUCUUCAUAGGCACUUAGUGAACAAUUCAUAUCAUUUUAGCAGUAACAAUAGCAGUAUUAGUGUUUAGCUAGAAUUUGCAAAGUAUUUUAAUAUUAAGUAGUCAAGAAAAUGAUUCAACACGGCGAGAUGGCGAGGCUUGAAUUCUGCCAAUUUCCGCUGCUUCUCUCUUUGAUGCACUAUUUUAAAAGCAAUCUGAUGAACAGCAAAAGGCUUUGUGAGCAACCAGGAGUUGGAGUGUGGCUUUAGAUUCCUUUGAUCUUUUUCAAACUUUGUUUUAAUCUUAUGGGAUCAUUGGCUCUUAUCUGCCAUCUUAUUCUGCCUUAGCUGUUGUCAACGUUCUCUUUAGCUGCAGCUUCUGUUCCAAGUCAGAUUUACCGAGGAAAUUUGAGAAACCAUGAAAUGGUAAAAUAUGCAACUCUGGGGCAUCUCUGUGGUGCCUUUGUUUUAAAUUAUUCACAGUAAUAAUGACUUACUGAAAGUCCAUCUUUAGCUGACUGUCAUGUUCCAGAGAGAAAGGUGGUGUAAGUGCAAUUCCUGAUGUGAGUAAAUUAGAAUGCAAACCCAUCACGGAUGAUAAAACUUCUUCCCAGUCUGCAGGAGCAGUUGAAGAGCACUGGACUGCAUGUGUGCUGUUUUGGGAAGGAUCUAGCUUUUUUAGGUGUGGAUUCAUAAAUGGUAAUUCUGCGACUCAUCCCAUUUAUCUUGCUAGGAGAAAAAAAAUUCCACCAUCAUAGUUGCAGUGUGGUCAGGUAAAACCAUUGUAUAGAUAGAGCAAGUGUUCAUUUCUUCACUAACUGCAUAUUUAUAGAGUAGAUAGGAACCAUUUGUAAGGUAAGUCCUUUAAAGUUCUAUAAUAUUAAAAGUAGUGGUUAUUGGUCUGAUUAUGCUGCUCUUGAUUCUACACACUAGACAAAAAGCAGUGCUUGUGAAAUGCAGUGUUUUCUCUUAAUGCCACUGGUGAUAGGAAGUAGUUCCUUCAGUUCAAACUCCUGUGCCCUUAUCUGCUGCUUGCUGACGUAAGCAAUAAUCCCUCUCUAACGGUAUCUAAGUGUUCUGUAUCUCGUACCUUGAUCGUCUAUCUGGUGACAGUGUAAAAUAUUAGGCUAAUAGAGAAGUAUCUCAUUGUAUUUAUUAACUGUUGAUACUGAGAUUCAGUCUGUGACCUGUGUUUUGUAUUUUUAUCGUGUAUCUUAGUGGUGGUGAAAAUUUGUACAACAAAUCUUUCCAAUAAAGAGCUGAAGUAUC